GGUUAGCAGAUAAAACUACUGCGUAUGUACGAUAAAUAGUUGUUUACUAAUAAUUCAACCUUCUAUCAGUGCCGGAAGCGGUCCAUAUGUGAUAUAUUACGCCUGUUAGCAGUCAUAUACAACUCUGGAUUUUCGCACUACUCACCUGCUGCGUCACCUUAAUUAUUGUUUUUUUUAAAGCUACUUCCUGGUGCAGUUGGUCGCAAGAGUGAGAAUUGUCUUGCCCCAGCAAGAAACUUUGAAUUCUAACCAUUCCUCUCAUGAAGUACGUUGAGACACAGUGUGAGGAUGUGGAUGCACCAGGCUGUUCACUGAUAACAAUUAAGGACAAGCCAGAAGAAAACAUUAAAGGAGCCCUACCUGGAAUUGCAGAUAACACCUUCAGAGACCUGAGAAGAGAUACCUAAAUAAUACAACAAAAGGCCAAGUGGAUUGAAAUAACUUUCUUUUUCUGGAAAAAUGACUGAUCAGCUCACAACGUGCACACUGAAUCCUGCCACGCAAGCACUUAUAGAGCUCAUCUUUGACAAAGACAUGUUUGAAGAUGCAAUGAGGCGCUUUGACAUUGAUCUCAACAAAAUGUCUUUCGAAAAGCUGAAUAGAAAAGAUAUUGAAAAGGGCUUUAAGAUUUUAGACAAGUUGAAAGAGGCACUGGAAAGGAAAGAUACACUUGAGGAACUAUCAAUCCUGUCAUCUGAGUUUUAUGAUGUCAUUCCCCGCAACUUUGGUACCAGAAAGAAGCCUGUCAUAAACAACACAGUGUUUUUUCAAAAAGAAUAUGAUACACUCGGGGAUCUGGAAGAUAUACAAAUAGCCCAAAGUAUAUUGAAUGAGAAGCCAGAACAGCAAGCCAGGCAGACCACAGAAGAGCAACUUCAUCCUUUGGAUAUGCAGUACAGAUGUCUUAAGUGCGCAAUAACAACGCUUGAUAAAAAGACAGAUGAGUACAAGAUCAUUGAGAGAUACUUUAAUGAGACCAAACCUACCAAUUCAUGGCAAAAUCUCGUGCUUCAAGAGAUUUGGAAAGUGGACCGUGAAGGAGAGGAAGAACGUUUCCUUGCUCAUGAUGGGAUCAUGGACCGCAAGCUGCUGUGGUAUGGUACUGAUAUGGCACUGGUGGCAGCCAUUUUAAAGAAUGGCUUUUGUAUCAAGACCCACAGUUCUGGCCGAGGGGGCAGAAGUAUUCAUUUUGUAUCAGAGAGUGACAAGUCUUCAGGAUAUGUGCGCCCAUUUGGCAACAAAGGUCUCAUGUUUCUUACUGAAGUAGCAAUAGGCAAGCAGUGGAAAAUUUACAAAGAAAGCAGGAACCUUAUGCAUCCACCUGAAGGAUAUGACAGUGUGCUGGCAUGUGGCAUUCAGGAACCAGACCCAGCAUUUGACACAGUAAUUACACUUGAUGGCAAACAAGUUGUGGUGCCACAGGCUAAGCCUCGACCCACAGGCAACCACAGUGUUUUUUACCAGAGCGAGUACCUUAUCUACAAAGAGAGUCAGACAAGAAUAAGAUAUUUGCUUCUCAUAGACUUCUAGACAUGCUGUUGUUUGCAUUUGAUCAUCAUACUUAAAUGAUCAGCCUGCAAACUUCUGCUCUGCAUUUGAGUUCACCUACACAUCAGUUAAACUUACCAAGAUGUUGUGAAAUGAUUAUUAUAAAAUUCCUCCAUUACUAGGAGUAUCUGUGUGCACAAACCUCUUGAAUUUUUACCACAUCUUUAUACUUUUACAUUAAGCACAAAUACAGAUGUGCUUAGAUUUAAUCCUUCUGUGAAUAUAGUUGCCAGAGCCCUCAGCCAGGAAGUGCACAUCAUGGUUGAGUCACUCCAAUAAAACAAAUUUUCUCAUG